UAACUUCAUGUCCAUGUGCUCUCAAAACAAAUACGCAUACAGCAUUUCGUCCGCGGAUACGUGUGAUCAAUUCGUUCGAUUCGUUUCUCUGUUCCCAUAAAGAUUUUGAACAAGUUCCUACUAGAAUCUUAAUAGAUUCCCUAAACUCGAUUGCACAUUCUUUACUUUCGUUUUCCCAACCGAAGCCGGUUGCCAUCGCCACAAUGGAAGUGGAACGCGUCGCUUCCGAUUCUGAAAACGUGGCGGUGGAUGAAAAUGCGAAAACGAUCGUUGAGCAAGGCGCCGGGGACGCAGCUGCGUCUCAUUCGGGGCGGUUACGUCGUAAAAAUAAGAAAUUUGCACGCACGAACAGCAAGGAGGGCGCCGUGAACAAUGUCGCCACUCCUUUACCGAAAUAUCGUAGUUGGAAGAAUAGCCGCAGGCCGCGCAACGGUCAUGGCAGGGGCUUGCCCAAGAAAGGUGGCGCUGGUGGCAAGGGAGUAUGGGGUCUUCCAGGGUCCGAGAUGCUGGAGGAAUACGCUGAGGACGAGAACGACCCCAACUACGACUCGGAGGCCGUCACGAACGGCGACAUUGAGUUCAAGCAGGUGAUCGUGGAAGCUGACCCUGAAGAGAUUGUGCGUAAAUCGGAACCGGUGAUACUGGAGUACUUUGAACAUGGCGACACCAACGCGGCCGCAGAGGAUUUCCUAGAGUUUGUUACCUCGAAGCAGAGUCAUUUGGUAUGCGAGACCAUAAUAGAAGUAGCGCUGGACCAUAAACCAUCCCACUGCGAGAUGGCAUCCGUCCUCAUAUCUGAUCUCUAUGGAAGAAUCUUUACCGUUAAGGAUAUUGGUUAUGCGUUCGAACGUCUCCUAGAAAAGGCGCCAGAUCUAAUACUGGACACGCCCGACGCGGCGGUGUUGCUGUCCAACUUUAUAGCGCGAUGCGUCGCCGACGACUGUCUGCCGCCGCGUUUCCUGCAAAAUAUGGCCGAGUUGACGUUAAACGCACCGGCCAGACAAGCGAUACACAGGGCGGAAACGUUAUUGUCCAUGAAGCAUGGUCUCGUGCGAUUGGACAAUAUAUGGGGCGUUGGCGGUGGUAUCAGGCCGGUGAAGUCCCUCAUCCGUCAGAUCCAGCUCCUCCUCAAGGAGUACCUCACCUCCAGGGACCUGGCUGAAGCGAUGCGCUGCGUGCGAGACCUGGAGGUGCCGCACUUUCACCACGAGCUGGUGUACGAGACGGUACUCCUAGCGGUGGAGGCUAUAAACUCCAGCGUAGAAGACCAACUGUGCACUUUCCUCGCUGAGUUGAGGCGGAGUGUCAUCGUCACACCAGAUCAGAUGGAUAGAGGCUUUUUGCGCGUGCUGGAGGACAUGUCGGACAUAGUGCUGGACGUGCCGCUCGCGUACAUAAUGCUCGACCGGUUCGUGGAGCGCUGCCAGCAGCGGUUCCGGCUCGGGGAGACGGUGCUCAAGCGGAUGCCCACGCGGGGCCGCAAACGUUUCGUCUCUGAAGGCGACGGUGGUGCGAUCAAAGAUCACGCGCUAAAACUGAGAGAGUAAAUCGUUACGCGCGCACGCACAGACAGACCGGUGUAUCUAUACUAGUAUUAUAAAGAUGGAGAGUUUGUUUGAACGCGCCAAUCUCGGGAACUACUGGUCCGAUUUGAAAAUUUCGGUGUUAGAUAGCCCAUUUAUCGAGGAAGGCUAUAGGUAUCAUCAC